ACAACACAAACAAGUCAUAUACAAAUGAUAUAUGAAAUGAAUACUUUUACUGCGUAUUGCACAGUAACAGGUGAUAUGAAGAUAAAGGACACAGCCGCCUGACAGGUAUACGCGUACACGGAUCGUAGUUUUGUGGUAUAGCUUACGUUAACUUUCAGACGUACAACAGGAACAAUGAGUGCAGCCAGCACAGCAAUAUUUGCUAUCUACGCCAUUUACAAUGGUGUUAUCAAAGAUUCCAUCAAGGUGUCAUUGACGACGACCCCAAAAUGGAGCCGAUCACGCCUGGACACUGGGGAAGCCGUGAUGGGUUUGUCAUUAGCAGACCCAUACUUGAAUAAAGGGAAUUUUAGCGGACUUUACAAGGCCAAGCUUGCAAAUAUGAAUAUAGACAUUCUUGCGGCAUUGGGGAAGGAUCCUGAACUUACCAGCGACAUUUGGGCACGUGGUAAACUAGCUCAAUAUAUCAGCGGUAUCAUGGCAGCUCGGCAAGAGCAGACCCCAACUUCCUUCUAUGGUUACAACCUGGUGAACAUCCUGAAGAAACAGCUAGCUAAGUCUAUAGAAUACUUCCGUACCAAUAGAUUUGCACUGUCAUUGAUGGCCAUAGCUCUUUGUCAACAAAAUGAGACUUUUGGUACACAAUACGAGGAGAUUUUGACAGCAAAUCCGGGCUCUUAUAUAUAUGGAAUAGAUGAAGCUUCAAUGAUCACUAUGGCGUGUGUGUGCCUCAACACCACAAAUUGCUCCAUAGCUGCGGAGAUCUCCGCCAAGACCGUAUCGCGAAGACUUACAGAAGACAAUUUGAAUGUAUAUUCCGUUGGGCUUGCAGCACAGGCAUUAAUUGCUACCGAAAAUGUCACUUACAAGACGCAAAUUGAAAACGCUGUGAAAGACAUUCGGAACAAGACGAACAUUCCAGCGACCAUGAAUUCUGGCCUUGGAGUUUCCCAGAUCCUGCCGCCCAUUGCAAAUAAGUCUUUUCUGGACAUCGUCCACCUUCCGCCUCUCUCAGAUACUACGACACCCUCAGACACAGGAACCACAAGUCUUGGGAUAUUUAUCACCGUAGAGGACCUCAUUAUGACCAAUACCACUACACAGUAUAGCGCAAACGUGAGUGUGACGACUAACCCAACACUUCUACAAGCUAUGAUAGCUCUUCAGGAGCACCCAGCCUCCAACUUUAGCUUCGAGACCAUCCAAACAAGUCUUGGGCCGUUAGUUAUCACUGUCAAUGAUAUAACAAGAAAUGAAACCAACAUGUUCUGGCAGAUCCUGUUAGCUCCCGACAAGCCUCUCAAACAAGGUGUCGCAGCAACCUUUCCCGACGACGGAGAUCACUACAUAUUUAAUCUCACCUUCUUUAGGCGUCCAUAGACUGCAUGUCAAAUCGUAUCAACGCAGUUGUACCAAUCUAUGUAAGAACAAAGUUCUUUGCGCAAAUCCUAUUUUGGUCAGGGACAUAUGACUUGUCAGGAAAUGGUGAAAUCAAAAGAAAACAAAAUGGCUGUAGAAAAAAGAACAAAAAGAUAGCAAUUUUAUCAAUUCCGAAUGUGGCGUUAACUGCGCAAUUGUAUGCACUAAUAUUGACUAGUUUUAACAAUAGUUUACUAGUUUACGGUCAUUCCUCUGUAGCCCUUAAGUACAGCGCUCGGUAGGCUUGGUGAAAAUACAACAGACUCGGCUUUUAAAUUUCAUUUCUUGCUUUAAGUCCUAUCAUAGAAUAGAAUCAUUGUAUAUGUACACUAUUUUUUUUAUCUUUUUUUUUUAAACCUUAACCUUCCUGCUUGUGUCAAUUAUAUGUUAAUAAACAACAAAUUAAAAUUUGUAAAUCCUG